AAUCAACUAACCGCUUACAACACAAACAAAAGCACAACAAGAAAAGGUAAACAAACCACUGGCGGCUAAGGAUCUCGACAGGGCGCUGGUUCCAAUAACAGCGACAAAGAUGGCGAGAUCAAGGAAGAAGAUACGUACACAGGGGACUGUGCCAUUGAACACUUUAAGUUCUUCACCAUUGGCUCCUUCACCAUCCCAAAAGAUACGAAACAAGUUCAUCAGACCCAUAAACGUGGAAUCUGAUGAUACUUUGCUGCUGAAUCCCUACAGUGCCAGUAAGAACAAGUACGGGAGUAACAAAUGGAGAGCAACAGCUGUACGGAGACCUGUCACUGUGGAGCUGCACAUGCCAGCGGUAUCUUCUACCGAUACACCUCUCCCACCAUUGUCUCCGAAGGAUGUCUUUAGUGAUACAGAGGCGAACGAUGUUGUCGUUACUAAGUACAAAGUGCUGAAUAUUUCUGAUUUGGAGUAUGUUUCGCAAAUCAAAGAUUACAACAAAGUGACCAUUGCUUCGGAACGGGCAAGUCUGGGUAAAGACAUGAGAAUAUUCAAUCAUAAGGAUGGCGAGGUACGAUUAAGCUUUGAUCCUCAAUUAACACACUUCAAUCUGGAGUUCGAUGGCAGAGUGGUAACAAAAGUAAUGGCGACCGAUUUGAGAAGGAUGAUACAUUCAAAGACUGCAUUGUUGAUUCUGUUGAAGAACCCAUUGAGAUACGACGGAUUAACAUUCCACUCCAUUCUAUUCUCAAUGAGCGCAUCAAAUCUUGUUAAGUUCUUGGAAAUACUGGACAGAUACCUAGAAGUGAAUAUCCGCAUCGAUGAGAAAUCAAAUGAUGAUUUACACUCGGUGCUGAAAAACUCGUCUGAAGCUAUAUCCAAAUUUAUGAAACCUUUUAAAUCUUUGGAUAAGUUAAACCCACGUACAUCGCUCUCGCAAAAGAGCUCUAAUGCAAAGAAAGAUCUUGGGAAACCUAUAAGGUUGGAGUCCAUAUCUUCAUCACCUGCCAUUUCUACAAUCAGCACAGCUCCAAAGACAAGCACAAAGGUAACAUCUGAAACGGUUACACCAACAAAGGCGUUCUAUUCACCAGUUGUUCCCACACCUUUAGUACCACGUCGCUUGAGAUCUUCGGGAAAGACCACAGAUACCAUCGAGAUAGAUGCAGAAGAUCCGCUAACACCUGCUCCGAGAAGGAGACCAAGAAGGGAAAGAAAACCGUUCAAACCAGAUCUACAGUACUUAUUUUCCGAUCAAUCCAAGUUUAGAAUCAGUGAUGCAGAUUUCAAAUGCCUUUACGGUAGUCAAUGGAUUAACGACACUUUAAUUGACUUCUUUCUGAAAUAUUUCACACAGGAGGAAACAAAGCGAUCGACAUUGUCGCUAGAGGAUUUCAGAGUGUUUUCGACUUUUUUCUUUACCAAAUUGACAUCAUCACCAAACUAUUAUCACAACAUCCAAUCUUGGUUAUCAAAGGAUGAUAUACUCAAGAAACGCUUUCUCAUAAUACCGAUAAAUGAAAGUCUUCACUGGUAUUGCUCGAUUGUGUACAACAUAGAUUCAUUGACAAAAGAUGAAGGUGAUUGUACUGUUUAUUGCUUUGAUUCUUUGGCACAGCAGCAUGAUUCCAUACUAGAACCAAUUCGCAAUUUCAUAUUGGGAUAUGCAAAGGAUAAGCACAAAUUAGAGAUUGACCCAGAAAGAAUCAAACUGAUGAAUUCUCAGGUCCCAAAGCAACCAAAUUUCAACGAUUGUGGUAUUCAUGUUAUUUAUAACGUGUACAAAUUCCUUCAGGAUCAACAGAAAUGCGUCUCAUUUUGGGAUUCAAGGAUCACUAAACGUGGUGAAAUGUACAAGGUGUUUUUAAGUAGGGAGCGAGAUGAAUGGAGAGCCAGGUUGAGAGAAAUACUCUUAACUUUACAACAAGAGAUGAUAGAGAAAGAAGGAUAUGUUCCAGAGCAUGAAGAAGCAAAAGAAGAUGAAGAUAUUGAUGAAGAUGAUAUUGUGUUCUUAGAACCCGAAGAAUUUCAAAAACCUAGAGAACAUAGCGAAGAAACAGGAAUCGAGGGUCAGAGAGAAAAUGAUGCGAAAUUGGAGGAAUGUGAUGAGGAAGGUCAAA